GUUUUAUUCCAUUGGUUUGGUUCCGGAGUGGCCCGUUAUUAUUUUAAGUAGCAGGUUAAAAUCGGUCUCAUCAACUCCCUGUGGACGGUAUGAACAUGUAUGCUGUGCCCAGCCCGGGAAUACCAGGCUGUCCCCCAGGAUUAGAGUACCUGACGCAGGUGGAUCAACUGCUCAUCAAACAGAAAGUUGAGUUGAUUGAAGCUCUUAUUGGUUUUGAAAGCAAUAAUAAGUAUGAAGUUCGUAAUGUCAUGGGCCAGAACGUCUUCUACGCUGUCGAGGAAAACGACUGUCUGAGUCGACAGUGUUGCGGUCCGCUGCGCUCCUUCACCAUCCACAUCCUUGACAAUUUUGGACAAGAAAUCAUCACUGUCACCAGACCACUUAAGUGCAUGUCAUGCUUCUUCCCUUGUUGUCUACAAGAGCUGGAGGUGCAGGCUCCCCCCGGCAACACAGUGGGCUAUGUGAUACAACAGUGGCAUCCCUUCUCCCCUAAAUUUAUUGUUGCUAAUGAACACAACGAACCAGUACUGAAAAUUCAUGGGCCUUUCUGCGGAUGGAGCUGCCUUCCAGAUGUUGACUUUGAGAUUUUAACAAUCGAUGAAGUCAGCAAGAUUGGGAAAAUCAGUAAGCAGUGGACAGGGCUUCUUAGGGAGGCAUUCACAGAUUCAGACAACUUUGGUAUCCAGUUUCCCAUGGAUCUGGAUGUGAAAAUCAAGGCUGUGAUGAUCGGCGCAUGUUUUCUCAUUGAUUUCAUGUUCUUUGAGUCAACUAACUAGGAGCCAAACCGCAUUUCCUUGUACCUCUGCAAGAAGAACGGGGCCUCAAAGCCAUGAUGAUUAGUCCCAAAUGCCCUAAUAUCGAACAGCCUUCAAAGGAAUAGUUUAAAGAAAGUACCAAAUGGUACCUCAACGUCAACACUUUGCAUGAACAAAGAAAUAGAAGGUUUGUUUUAGUCUUAGCUGCUCAGGUUUGUUGCAAAAUCAUGUCAUUGGGCUGAAAGUGCAAAAUGCAGUUUUAGUUUAGCCAGUGUUCAUGAAGAUUUCAUUAUUAUAAUUAUUAUCUUGUAUUUAUUUAAAAGAAAUGGGGGGGGGGUUUAAUAUAUUUUUUGCUGUGUGUUUUACAUUGUGACCAUUAAUUCAAUCUGGAACCCCAAAAAAACUUUGCUAUUAGUGCAAAAUAACAUUUAGGGUAAAGAUACAUUUAUAUACAAGGAAACAAAAACGGAGCACAGUGGUGUAGGAAAAAAAUAGUUUGGUGUUAAUAUGGUUAGUAUGAAACUCUCAUAUGCAAUUUGGUCACAUUACAAGUAAAGAUACUAAUUUACUUAAUCUACUCUGCUUGUAUCUACUGUGUGAGAACUAAGGAACUCGUUUAAUUCAGUUAUCUGUAGUUCUGAUAUCCAGUGCCCUGUUUUUUAUUGCUUUAUGUUUUGGUCAUUUGCCACACAUAGCGAUGUCUGUGCGCACUGCUUUGAACAAGUGUUUGUGUGUCUGUGAGCUAUGAUUGUACUUGUCUGUGAACAGAAGUUAUAACACCAUAAAAAAAAAAA